AUGGAAGGAUGGCGGGUAGAAUUUGACAAAAAUUCAGCUAUUAAUGUACUUGCUACAAACGAGAAACCAAUCCCAUUUAUAAUGUGGUGGACAUUAGGUUUGUCCAUUAGGAUUCUCUCCUGCAUUAUCACCUCCUCUCCUCGUCUACUUCCAUCCUCACCUUCACAAUCCCCGAAUCCUCAUCCUUCUCCUCCUCCUCCUCCUCCUCCUCCUUCUCCCACCAAUCCUUCAAUGUUUCCAUCCGAUUUAGUCAGCACAAUGUGUAUUCAUCAUUUCCAUUCCAUUAUGGUCACUGCAAUGCCUUCAACUUGCACUUCUAUUCAUAUAGACUCACCAGCUCAGCUUGUACACGGUUUUGCUCCACUCCCAUCACUUCAUUGA